AAUUCCGUUAUACAAGACAUACCCACGACUCCUUUCGGGUACGGCAGCCGUACCUCUGAUUAAUUGGAAAAAUAUUCAAUACUACGGUACUAUCGAAAUUGGUACGCCACCGCAAAAAUUUAAUGUACUUUUCGACACUGGUUCUUCAGAUCUCUGGGUACUAUCCAAAAUUUGCAACGUCAGCCAACCUGCUUGCUUGAAACUUAAUAAGUUUGAUCAUACAAAGUCCACCACAUAUAUAUCACACGGUGCAUUUAAUCUUCAUUACAAAGAUGGCCGUGUGUGGCAGUCCUUGUCUACUGAUGUAGUAAUUAUUGCUGGCCUUAAGGUUUCAUUCCAGACAUUCGGAGUAGCGCACGAUUUCUUGACAAGUUUUUGGGACUCUGCACAAUGCGACGGCGUUCUGGGGAUGGGUUAUCCAGCCUUAUCUCACCUUAAUGCGCUUGUCUUCCAAAACAUGAUUGAUGAACAAGUGGUAUCCCGACCAAUUUUUAGCUUCUAUCUAAAUCGAAAUCUCACGGACGUGUUUGGCGGUGAACUGAUAUUGGGUGGCACCGAUUUUUCCCAUUACGAGGGCAAGUUUACGUAUGUUGAUGUUAAUCCUGAAAACGGAUACUGGCAAAUUACCAUGGAUAA